GUUAGUUGUUUUGCCCGAAACCAAAGAUGUACAGACCCGUCUGCUGGGAGAGGUACGCGAAAACAUUGCUUUUGAAAGGUUUUUGGCCAACACUGGCCGUAAUUCGCCUGCGUUUAACUUUACGCAGUGAUAAUUUAGCGAAUUGAUAUGCAUAAUUGGUAACGCGAUUUGACCAUGACCACUGGAUAGUCGGAUAAAAUCAUUAACAAAGAUGUCGCCAGUGCGGUAGCCAGUUGUGCGAUGGAUGUUCGGUGGUGGAUUCUGAUCUGCUGCAGUCUUAUCGGAUUCUGCAAUGAUUUUUUCACAGAGCUUCCGGGUAUUGUUGUGCAGCGUCUAACGGGCACAGCCGACGCCUGCAAGGACCAAACCGACAACUGCACUUACUUGAACGUCAAACAGUUUAAUUUGCUAUUUACUGCGAGCAACUUGGCUUCCGGUAUUGGGGCAUUCUGUGCGGGGCUUAUCAUUGACCGGUACGGAUGCAAAUACGCAUUAUGGGGAUCAUCUAUUCUUCUGCUCUUCGGCGGAGCGUUGUUUCUUGGCGGCACAUAUUUCAAAGAUACACCCUCAGUAUUCACAUCUAUGAUCAUCGGCAAUAUUAUCGCCGGUAUUUCAAUGGGAGCGACGGCAGUCAUUUGCCAUCGCAUCAAAGCAUCCUGGUUCCUGUAUAAGGAAUUAGGUGUGGCUUUCUCCGUCCACAUAUUUUGCGGUCGACUUGGCAGUGCCACUUCAUAUCUGUUGAUCGGGGCAGUCCUGCCCAAGAUCGGCCUGCAUCCUUGUUUGUGGAUCGGCUUCGGUCUCGCGCUGAUCGCAUGCGGUGCCCUUGUUACCAUGUCUUUCCUGGAUGAGCGCGGAGCGGCCAUGGUCAACACGUCUCCGCCUGAUAUCUCCACCGGCGUCAUCCUGCGCUUCUUCAAAAGCCUGGAUUCAGUUUAUAUCUGCUUCGCCGUUAUGGUGCCUUUUUACUACGGAACAGUGGCCACUUUUACUGCUAAUGGACCAAACUUCUUAGCGAAAGCGUACGGAUAUUCAGAAUCUGCUGCCAGUUAUAUUGUGGGAUUGGUGUACGACAUUGCGCUGUUUUCGGUACUUUUCGGCUGGUUAACAGAUCGCUACGGUCAUCGCGAGGCAUGGUUUCUCGCCGCAGCCGGGCUCUUAUUCAUGGCGUUCUUGCUAUUGGUUAUCACAGCUCACUUUCCGGCAUGGUUGUUGACCACACUCGUUGGAUUCGGCUACACGAUAUUCGGCCCCACAAUCUGGUCCAGUGUGGCCCUGGUGGUGGUUCCGGCCUAUGUUGGGAGCGCUUUGGGACUGCUAAAAUUCUGCCAUUACGCCGGAGUGGGUGUGUUAACGGCAGUGGCUGGUGAAGUGUUACAGAUUUCCCCGGAUGACCCUAAACUACGCGGUCCGUGGACCGGCUUCAUUAUUCAGCUGCUAGUCACAUCUGUCGUUGUUCUGUUAGCCACGGGAAUUAUGACGUAUUUUAAUAGUGUGACCGGAAGCCGGUUAGUUCCGUCCCAGCGGGAAAGGGAGAGCAAAAACGGAUUGCAGGAAUUCACGCCUCUUUUUGUGGAUUAUGGAGCUAAGGAAGCGGAUCUUGUCGCUCCUAGAGCUAGAGUUGAUGCAAGAUCGGAAGACGAUGAACGGAUGAGAAAAAUCUCUGAGGAUCUGACGCGGAUUCUUAUUAAUCGUUGAGUAGCAGUAGCACAGACCCAGAGCUCCUCUAAUAUUGGUCCCAGUCCUAACCUCCAGUUCGCUUAGCGUAGAUGAUCCGAAUCGUAUGUGUUAUAUGUGCUACUUACCGAAUAUGAUACUAGUCUAUAGAGCGCAAAUUAGGCGUUGUUAUGAAAUAUGUUCACAUUUUAGGCAGGUGUACAGCUUGCGCUGUUUAAAGCAAGCUGGAUGCCUUCCAUUACGUGCGUUUUUUCAGCGGAAAGCCGGCAAAGGUUGGCGGCUUAUUCGAUUAAAAGUCU